AUGAGAAAUUUGCCACCUUGCUCAUCUUUAUUGUUACGAAUUCAUCAUCAACGUCUUGAAGAUGCUCGAAAUAAACAUUUAAAAAAUAUUAAAAAGCAUAUUAUUAAUUUAUUUAUUUAUUUUCUGCUUUUAUUAAUAUUUCAAUGUCAUAAUCGAAUAUAUAAUUCAUUGAAAGGUCCAUUUCCAAUGAAUUUAAAACAAUUUCAUGAUCACUUAGAAACAAAUUAUAAUUUAUUUGGUUAUAAAUCCUUAUUCUCAUUUCAUUGGUUUCGAUUUCAACUUGAUUAUAUUCAACUUGAUUUAGGUGAAAAUAAAAUUGAUGAAAAUAACAAAAAUUCAUUACGAGUAUUCUAUGGUCAUCAUUCACAUGGACAAUUAUUAUACAAAUUCCAUCAUGUUAUAGAACCAUCUAUUGAUACAUCAUCAAUGCAAUUAUAUAUUAAGUUUAAUGCAUAUGAACAAUCUGAUUUAGGAAAAGUUUAUUCAUAUGAUUUUCAAUCAUUUAGUAUUAAAACAUUACGAUGUAUUGUUAGAGAAUUAACUAUUUCUCCAACAGUAUAUAUGAAAUGGUUUGAAAAAUCUUUAUAUGUUGAAAAAAUAAAAGAAAUGUAUAAUGAAAAAGCAAUAUUUUUCAACAAGAAUGUGAUCUCAAAAUGUGGUAUUUUGAUUGGAUAUCUUUAUCAACCUAGAAAUGAAUAUGUUUGUCUAAGUAAUUCAUUUAAUUAUCGUCAAUUUAAUGACAAUGUUAGAAUAUUUGAUACUUCAAGUUCUUACAUCCCUUAUAUAUCGUAUAUUUUCGUUAGUUUAUUUAUUUAUUUUCUUUAUAAAACUAUUCAACAUAUUAGUUGUAAUGUCAACCAAUUAAUUCAUACAUCAUUUCCAUUAGUAGAUGAUCUUAUUCGAAAACAAUUAAUACAAUCAAAUAUAAAUUCUUUGGAAGGAUUGGACGAAUUAUUAUCAAAUACACCUAAUAUAAAUAAUUAUCAUAAUCGAUUGUUUAUUUUACAGAACAAUUAUCUAGUUAUAUUAGAAGCAGAUUUACAGGAAACGAAUCAAGUAAUUCUUCAACAAUUUUAUGAAAAUCCUCCGUUGAUUAUUAUAUCUAUCGAUAAUAUUCGUUAUAUUAAAUCUGAUUGUGUCAUAUUAAUAGAUUGUCAUCAAUCUUAUAUUGAUUUUACAAAACAACAAUUUAAAAAUCAUUUCAAUUUAACAAACUGGUUGCAUGAACGAUUGAUGGAUCUAAGUGAUCGAUAUCGAUAUGAUUGGGAACAAGAAGAAGCUCAACGCAUACAGGAGGAACAGUACAGACAUUUACUUGAAACUUUAAGUAAUGAAGAAGCUGAGUAUCAAUCACGUCACUAUCGUAACGAUAUAAAUCGAAUAUUAUAUCAAGUUACAUCAGCAUCGCCUCGUUUUAUUGCACAAUUUCGUUUAAAUAAUCGAUUAUUAGUCGAUGAUGCUCUGCUUGAUACAACUUGUACUAUUUGCCUUGAAAAUUUUCAGUUGAAUGAAUUUUAUGCUGAAUGGCCUUGUCCAGGUCGUCAUGUCUUUCAUUUCAAUUGUAUGUUAAAGGUCUUACGAGAAAGAAAUACAUGUCCAUUAUGUCGAUCUCCGGUUGAAGCAGCUGCCUUACAUGAUAGAGAUCUUUUCUUUCGACUUAUUGUUAAUAGAAUAACACCAAAUGUAUUUACUUAA